AUGGCGAAAUUUUACAUCUUCUUCCUCCUGUCCCUGGCCGCUGCCAAGUCUCCCAUCGUUGAUCUGGGAUAUACGAGCUAUGAAGGUCGUUCACUUGCCAAUGGUGUCUCACAGUGGCUUGGGAUGCGCUAUGCUGCUCCUCCACUAAAUGAGCUGCGCUUUGAAGCACCCCAGGAUCCCCUCUCGCAAAAGGGAGUUCAACAGGCAGCCCAACAUGGUGCUGUUUGUAUUCCCGUCGCCAGCAGUCUAAACGCAGCUGUGCCUGGUGGUACCUCGGAGGACUGCCUAUUCUUAGAUGUUUACGCCCCCACUGACGCACUGGAGUCAAAUAAGAAACUUCCAGUGUACUUUUUCAUUCAGGGCGGGGGAUUUGCGUCUUUGUCUAAUCAGAAUUACAACGGUACGGGCUUGGUCGAGGCCUCGGAGUUGAAUAUCGUGGUCGUCACCUUCAAUUACCGUGUUGGACCAUACGGUUUUCUUGCUGGUGAGGAAGUUGAGCAGAAGGCUAGCUUGAACAAUGGGUUGAAAGAUCAAAUCAAGGCUCUCCAGUGGGUGCAAAAUCAUAUCAGCAAGUUUGGCGGCGAUCCUGACCACGUCGUCAUCGGCGGCGACAGUGCAGGCGGCGCAUCCGUAACACUCUUGCUCUCUGCAUAUGGCGGGCGAAACGAUAAGCUCUUCGUCGGCGCUGCCGCCGAAUCUCAAAGCUUCGCAAAUAUGCUCAACAUCUCCGAGAGCCAAUUCGCAUACGACAGACUAGCCACCCGUACAGGCUGUGACACAAGCAGCAACUCCUUCGCCUGUCUACGUAACCUAGACAUUGCUGCCCUCCAAGCACAAAACAUUCCAACCCCGUACCCAGGAGCCCCAGGAAAUCCAUUGUACUUAUACGGUCCAACCGUUGAUGAAGAUCUCGUGCAAGAUCACACCUACAAACUCUUCCACGAAGGGAAAUUCAUCAAAGUACCCGUGAUAUUCGGCGACGACACAAACGAAGGCACCAUUUUCGUUCCAAAGAGUACCGCCAGUGUCUCCGACGCAGACAACUUCAUCAAAGACCAGUUCCCAACCAUCACCAAAGCCCAACUAUCCGAAAUAAACAGCAUGUAUCUCACCGAGGACCAGACCCGCAAUUUCCCAAACGCACAACCCUACUGGCGUCCCGCAAGCAACGCUUACGGUGAAAUACGUUACAUCUGUCCAGGCAUCGACAUGUCCUCCGUCUACGCCGCAGCCAACAUCCACAGCUGGAACUACCACUACGCCGUGCUAGACCCAUGGUCCGAAGGCAACGGCACGGGCGUCUCGCACACGGUGGAGGUGAACGCGAUCUGGGGGCCGCAGUAUGUUAGCGGGGUACCGCCGGAAUCGUAUUGGAAUAUCAAUGCAAAUAUUGUGCCUGUCAUGCAGGGGUAUUGGACGAGUUUUGUGAGGGCGUUAGAUCCGAAUAAAUAUCGGUAUCCUGGGAGUCCGGAGUGGAAGACUUGGGGGGAGGGGGAUGAUGCUUUCCGCAGGAUUUUCAUUCGGACGAAUGAGACGAGCAUGGAGAGUGAGCCGCAGGCGCAGCGGGAUCGGUGUAAAUAUCUGGUCGGUAUUGGGGAGAGCUUGAGGCAGUAG